CAUUUCUCAACUUUCUUUCUCUCUCUGAUACGCUCUCUCUCUCUCUCCUCUUCAUGAAGAACAGCAAGAACACCACCGCGUCAUCCCCGGAUUCCGGCGGCUGGCUAUCGCGAAUCCCAUACUCCGGCGAGCCACCACACCAUCUCGUCCUUCACCGCCACAUCCACCACCAUCACACCUACAAAUCACUCGAAAUUGUCCGCCGCCUCUAUUCCUCCGCGCCUCUCACUCAGUGAAGCAUCCUCGCCGAUUUCAUUCUUCCGAUUUCAAAAGCCUCUAUGGUGGGUUCAAUUCCUCAAAUUUUGAUCUUGCAUGUUUGAAAUCUUCCCUGAAAUUGGAUCUUUGGAUGUCAAUCAGGUACCUAGAAUAAUCUCAUCUCUCUUUCAUACUGUUUUUCGUUUUUUAUUUUAUUUUAAUUUUUGCAGAAUGCAUUCCAGUGAUAAAAUUGAAUUUUUAUCAAUUGGUUCAGAUUAAUCAAACCUCAUAUGAAUUUUGUGCAAAACAAAGUUAAAGCUUUGAUUUUUAAUGAUUUAUGUUUUGUGGGGUUUGUUUGUUAAAAGACAUAGAGAAGGCUGUUGUUGGAGAAUGUCAUGUUUUAAAAGAUUUAGUUGAAAAGUUAACACAUAAUCUUGUGGUAAUUGCUUAACACACAACUGAGAUGGACAAGGAGAAAUGGAUGGAGAUCCAACCUGAUAGAAAUCAUGGGGAGUCAACAUCACUCAUAACUCUGGAGAAGCCUACUAGACAGUCUGAUCAUGGAAGCAAAAUCCCCUCUGAACUUAUGAAGCAAAUUAUUAGCCUUUUCCCCAACAAGUUAACCAUAUUGCUGCCUAAGGUUUUGAUAUGUGAUUUCUUGAAUCCACCAUGGGAAAAGAUUGAUAUUCAAACACCGGGUGAUCUUAUAACUCUUACUGCUGCAGCUGCAACAGGGUAGGCUCUUGGUGGAAAUAGAUUAUAUGCUAGCUUAUAGUUCUGGUGAAGCUUCUUUGAGGCUAUUAUGGAAAUUUGGACUGCUAGGUAUACUUUUUCCCUUCCAGGCUGCUUAUUUUACUCACCAUGGAUUUCGAAGGAGGGACAAAAGGACCAAUAUGCUUUUGGAUAAUGCGCUGAUGCCUGUGCGGCCAUUGCUGACUCGGACUUAUUUGUUGGCGGGUUGACUGGGACUAAGACUUGAAGGCGAGGAAAUGUCUUUUUCUCUCAUUGUAUUAUUCGGCAAUUGCAAGUACCGGGCUGCAUAUCACCGCAUAUAACAAUAUAAGUCAUAUAUAGAGUUGAUUCAUGUCCUAAAACUGGCAUCUCUUCCUAUAUCGACAAAGAUCUACCUAGGAAGAGGCGUCAGAUUUAUUCGUAGUGAUUUUCAGGAAGAAUGUUAGAUUGAUGCAUUUCUUUACUUAAAUACCUUUGUUGUGUUUGCUACAAUCGCAAUGUGUUCAAUGUCUGUUGUACUGAUAAAUGUUUUUUUUUUUGUUGAUU